UCACAGGUUCUGUUCCUAGAGAGUUAGGGAACAUGACGAGCCUCAAGACUCUAGAUCUCUCCAACAACUUUCUAGAAGGAGAGAUUCCUCUGGAGCUAGCUGGACUUCAAAAGCUUCAGCUGUUUAACCUCUUCUUCAACAAGUUACACGGCGAGAUUCCCGAGUUCGUGUCUCACCUUCCUGAUCUUGAAGUUCUCAAGCUUUGGCACAACAACUUCACCGGGAAGAUUCCUGAGAAUCUUGGCACAAACGGGAGGUUGGUUGAGAUCGAUUUGUCUACUAAUAAACUCACAGGUUUGAUCCCUGAAUCGCUCUGCUUCGGAAGAAACCUAAAGAUUCUCAUUCUCUUCAACAACUUCUUGUUCGGUCCUCUCCCUGAAGACCUUGGCCAAUGCGAGUCGCUCUGGAGAUUCCGUCUAGGUCAAAACUUUCUGACAGGUAGACUGCCUAAGGGUUUGAUCUAUCUGCCUAAUGUAUCUCUUCUUGAGCUUCAAAACAACUUCUUGACUGGAGAAAUACCAGAAGAAGAGGAGGGAAGUGUAGGGUUAUCAAGCCUCACUCAGAUCAAUCUGUCAAACAAUCGGUUAAUCGGACCGAUCCCAAGCUCAAUCAGAAACCUCAGAAGCCUACAGAUUCUCCUUCUUGGCUCUAACCGGUUCACGGGGCAGAUUCCUGGUGAAAUAGGAAGCUUGAAGAGUCUUCUCAAGAUUGACAUGAGCAGAAAUAACUUCUCUGGCAAGUUACCUCUAGAGUUUGGUGAUUGUCACUCAUUGACCUACUUGGAUUUGAGUCAUAACCAGCUCUCGGGUCAGAUUCCGGUUCAGAUUUCACAGAUUCGGAUGCUAAACUAUCUGAAUGUUUCUUGGAACUCCUUAAACCAAAGCAUCCCCGCGGAGAUAGGAUACCUGAAGAGCUUAACAUCAGCAGAUUUCUCACACAACAACUUCUCUGGUUCCGUACCAACUUCAGGGCAAUUCUUUUACUUCAACAACACGUCAUUCCUCGGAAACGCUUUUCUCUGCGGAUACUCUUCAAACCCUUGCAACGGUUCUCAAAACCAGUCUCAAUCUCAGCUUCUUGACCAGAAAAAUGCAAAUUCCCACGGCGAAAUCUCCGCGAAAUUCAAGCUGUUAUUAGGGUUAGGUCUACUAGGGUUCUUCUUGGUGUUCAUCGUUUUGGCUGUGGUCAAGAACUGGAGAGCGAGAAGGAAUAGUUCAAAUAUAUGGAAGCUCAUAGGGUUUCAACAGCUAGGUUUCAGAAGCGAGCACAUUGUGGAGUGCGUUAAAGAGAACAAUGUGAUCGGUAAAGGCGGUGCAGGGAUCGUCUACAAAGGCUUAAUGCCAAACGGUGAAGAAGUUGCGGUCAAGAAGCUCUUGUCCAUUAGCAAAACAUCAUCUCACGACAACGGUUUAUCCGCAGAGAUUCAGACAUUGGGUAGAAUCAGACACAGGAACAUUGUGAGAUUGCUCGCUUUCUGUUCAAACAAAGACGUGAAUCUCCUUGUUUACGAGUACAUGCCUAAUGGUAGUCUUGGAGAAGUCUUGCAUGGGAAAGCUGGAGUGUUUUUGAAGUGGGAAACGCGGUUGCAAAUAGCGUUGGAAGCGGCUAAAGGAUUGUGCUAUCUUCAUCACGAUUGCUCUCCGCUUAUAAUCCACCGGGAUGUGAAAUCAAACAACAUCUUGUUGGGUCCUGAUUUUGAAGCUCAUGUCGCUGAUUUUGGGCUGGCUAAGUUUAUGUUGCAAGAUAAUGGAGCUUCAGAGUGUAUGUCAUCCGUCGCAGGCUCGUACGGCUACAUCGCUCCAGAAUACGCAUAUACACUAAGAAUAGAUGAGAAGAGCGAUGUGUACAGCUUCGGAGUAGUACUAUUGGAGCUAAUAACAGGUCGAAAACCAGUAGAUAAAUUUGGAGAAGAAGGGAUAGACAUUGUGCAAUGGUCAAAGAUUCAGACAAAUUGUAACAGGCGAGGUGUGGUAAAGAUCAUUGACCAAAGAUUGAGCAAUGUGCCACUAGGAGAAGCCAUGGAACUGUUCUUUGUGGCAAUGCUAUGUGUUCAAGAACAUAGUGUUGAGAGACCGACCAUGAGAGAGGUCGUCCAGAUGAUUUCUCAAGCUAAACAACCCAACACUUUCUAAAUCCAGUGAAUUUAUAUAUAUGCUAAAUAUUUUUUGUUAUGUUAUUUGUGUUCUGUAGAGUUUUUUAGAAAUGUAAUAUGAUGAUUUGGCGGUCAUAGGAGUUUAUAUUA